CCGAUAUGCAAAACACACACACACACAGCUCUGCACGAACACUAAUAGACGGUGAUUAAUUUAAACUGACGCAAGAAAAAAAUGAAGGCGUCUUUUGCAGUCGCAAACUAGUUCUCACGGCGGUAACAGGCGCAUGUGUCUCGACUAAUUAGAAAUAUUGAGGAAAAUUAUACGGUUUCAUACAAACCGCUAUGUGGAUUUUGAAUAAAUAACAAUUAAAAUGAUGAACACGUUCGGUAAAGUUGUGGUAAUAUUGGCACUGUCAGCUCAGACGAGGACGCAGACCGCAUUACAAUCACCGUGCCCUGAGGUCUUCCAAUACGACACGACUAUCCAACAUCCAAACCGAUGGUACGGCGCAGUGAACCUAACCAGUAAAUUCACUCUCCAAUCCCUUUGGCUAAAUAUAGAGCUGGAUAAAGAUUCAAAAACACUUAAGAAUUGUCUCGGCAACGUAACACAAUACAACUCAGUCGAGUACAACAUUGAGAAGCCUGACUUCGUGAUAAAACCUGGUGAAGUCGUAAAAGUUCAGUUUUAUGUUGAUUACGAAGAUGCGAAGCGCGUACCCACGGUCGCGUCUAUGAGAUUUAAUGGGCGAAUUAUAUGCGGUAAACCAAUAUUUAGUUUCGACAAAGCUUAUUCUCAAAGAUAUUCGAAGUACGGAAUCGACAUGCGAGGAUGCCCUUAUAAACCGGGCUCUGUGGAAUCUAGUGAGGAAUCUAUGGGGAAUUCAACGGUCGACAUGAAAGAACCAACUGGCAACACUAGUGCAGUUUCAAAUAGAAUACCAGACAGCACCGUGGAGGAUCUUUUGACUGGUGGUCGACUCUCCUUCGUUUUGCCCACAUCGAUAAAUAACUACAGCAACAACAGCAUUUACACUCGUUGCGGCAAAGCGCAUCCUCAAAAACCUUUAGUCAUCGGAGCCAAGACCGAGCAGGGUCAGUGGCCUUGGCAAGUGGCGGUGAUGAGAACAAUAGAAAAACUAGGAAGGAACUUGAACGUAAAGUACCAGUGUAGCGGCACAUUGAUCUCAACGAGGCACGUCAUCACAGGAGCUCACUGUGUUACUGUAGCCGGAAAAAUAGUUGACAUAGACGAUUUUAUACUUCGCGCUGGAUGGAACUUGCUGGAUCUACAAGAAAAGCCUGAAGUGCAGACAUUCUCCAUAAGUGCCAAACAAAUAACAGUUCACCCGGAUUUCGAGUACCAGACGUUCAAAAACGACUUGAGUAUCCUCGCGGCCGAGGAUCGACUGAUAUACUCGACGUGGGUGCAACCCGCCUGCAUCUGGUCGGGAGACGAGUCAACAAGUAAAGUUGGGACGAUCGCUGGCUGGGGCUACGAUGUGACAGGAAAGCAUCAUAAAGAAUUAACGACGAUCGAAAUGAUCGAGGUGGACCAGAACUCCUGCCUUCGGUCUCACGAUCCGUCAUACAGCGCGUACUUUUCAGACAAGAUUUACUGCGCUAAGCAUGUCAACGGCACUAGUAACUGCCACAAAGACAGCGGGGGCGGCAUGAUGGUCCGAGUGAGGAACAAAUGGUACCUGCGCGGCGUGCUCUCGUUCUACUACUCGCCCGAGCUGCAGCACGCCUGUCAGAGUCACGCCCUAUUCACGGACGUCGCCAAGCACCUGCCCUGGAUCAAACAGCACGUCUACGACUACGUGUAACAUGCAAACGUAUAAAUAAAGCAGAGCUUCGAAACGUC